AUGUCACCCCCGCAGGAGCUCGUGCCGCAGACAGAAUCCAUCGCGGAAGUCUACGCAACAGACGACGCCUCGGUGAAUUCGGUUGCACCGGAACACCAGCAGCGAUGGACCAAUCUGAUUACCCAGUUCAACAAGACCUAUAACCACCGUCCGGACUUCGUGGCCCGCAGUCCCGGCCGCGUGAACAUCAUCGGCGAGCACAUCGACUACUCGCUCUACGAUGUCCUGCCGACUGCCGUUAGUGUCGACGUGAUCAUGGCCGUCAAGGUGGUCCCUGGCAACGCCGAGGAAACCACCAUCACAAUCGCCAAUGUCUCACCAGAGAAGUUCCCCUCGCGCGAGUUCACCGUGCCCCACAACAAGGACGUCGAGAUCGACCCCAAGAAGCACGAGUGGGUGAACUACUUCCGCGCCGGUCUGUCAGGUGCCAUUAAGUUCCUGCGCAAGCAGACGGCCGAGGGCUCGCUUGUCCCUGCCAGCAUGCAGAUCCUGGUCGACGGCAAUGUGCCUCCUGGUGGUGGUAUCUCCAGCAGUGCUGCCUUCGUGUGCGCCAGUGCCUUAGCUGUCAUGAAGGCCAAUAACCACAACGUUUCCAAGCAAGAUCUCUUGGAUCUGGCCGUUGUCUCAGAGCGCGCUGUCGGUGUCUACUCCGGCGGCAUGGACCAAGCAGCGUCCAUCUUCUCCAAGCGCGGCUACCUACUUUACACUCAAUUCUUCCCCCAAUUCAAAGCCCAGCACGUCCCAAUCCCCACCUCCUCCGAUGAAAUCACCUUCCUCAUGGCCCAGAGCUUCGUCACCUCCAACAAAGCCGACACCGCACCCCGCCACUACAACCUGCGCGUCGCAGAGUGCACCCUCGCCGCUGUGAUCCUCGCCAAACACAACGGCGUCACUCUCUCAAAAGACAACAGCUCCCUCGGCUACAGUCUCCGCAACUUCCACAACGCGCUCAUGACCAAAGAAGAACGUCUCCAGGAUCCCCUGGAGUACCAAAUCGACUCCGUCAUCCAAGCAACCAUGGACCUGUUCACGCAGGAAGAGGGUUACACCCGCGAAGAAAUGGCCCAGCUCCUCAGCAUCACCGUCGCCGAGCUGGAAGCAACUUAUCUCUCUGCAUUCCCCGUGCAGGCGGAGCGGUUCCAGCUGCGCCAGCGCGCACUGCACUGUUUCAAGGAGGCGCGCCGCGUGCUGGAUUUCAAGGCCUGUCUGAGCAAGGCGACUCAGCUGGAUGAGAAGCGGAUCCACUAUCUUGGCCAGUUGCUGAAUGAGUCGCAGGAGUCGUGUCGUACGGCGUAUGACUGCAGUGCGCCGGAGGUUGAUGAGAUCUGCGCCAUUGCCCGUCGUGCGGGUACUUGGGGUAGUCGGUUGACUGGUGCUGGGUGGGGUGGUUGCACUGUUCACAUGUUGCCUCAGGGUAAGGUGGAGGCUGUGACUGCUGCGCUUCGGGAUGAGUAUUAUCUUAAGAAGUUCCCCGAUAUCAGUAAGGAGAAGUUGGAGCAGGCUAUGGUUAUCAGCAAGCCUUCCAAUGGAUCGUUCUUGGUUACGGGAGCUGCUAUUGACCAGAUCCCUCUUUGA